AGUUACAAGAAAUGUACAAGCCUCCAUUGCUGAUCUUGGAGUGUUGAACACGUCCACCCUUUUGACCUAACUCUUUAUAUUAUUUCAAGAAUCUUGCCAAACCCCACGCAAAUAUUGGAACUGUUAUUGAAGAGAAAAUUCUCAAAAUUCUUCAGAAGCUUCAUCUUAAAGCACAAGGAUCGCGUUCCGCUUUUGUGUUAUAAAGUUAGAUUUUUUGGUGGGAGUUGUUGAAAACUCUAGAAGAUGGAGGCGGCGACGAGCUCUAGGAUUCUUCCGCACAUGAAUUUCAAUCCGAAUUCGACAUCGUCAUGCCCUCGGGCUAAAUCGAUGUCGAUUUUCUUUAAUACAUCCAAAGUUUCCGCUAAUUCUACUUCAAAUGACAAAAGGAGUAGUGUUGCUAGAGGACUGUGUCUCAGCCGUCCAGUGCAGAAGGACUUGGAUGGGAGAACGUUUUGCUCGACUGGAGUGUGCACUUAUCCUAGUGAUGUGUUUGAGUCAUAUUCCCACGCAACAGAGGAAAAAAUAGGAGUGAUGCUUUUGAAUCUUGGAGGGCCGGAGACUCUACAUGAUGUUCAACCGUUCUUGUUCAAUUUGUUUGCUGAUCCUGAUAUUAUUCGUCUUCCCAGGUUGUUCCGGUUCCUUCAGCGUCCUUUGGCACAGCUGAUAUCAGUUUUGCGAGCUCCUAAAAGUAAAGAAGGCUAUGCUGCCAUUGGAGGUGGUUCACCUUUACGUAAAAUAACAGACGAGCAGGCAAAUGCAAUAAAGUUGGCUCUAGAAACUAAGGAAGUUCCUGCAAAUGUCUAUGUUGCAAUGCGGUACUGGCACCCAUUCACUGAGGAAGCGGUUCAUCAGAUUAAGAGAGAUAGGAUUACAAGACUUGUAGUAUUGCCACUUUACCCUCAAUAUUCUAUCUCAACAACUGGAUCGAGCCUCCGUGUUCUUCGAGACAUGUUUAGGGACGAUACGUAUUUGUCCAGAUUACCUGUUGCUAUUAUACAAUCUUGGUAUCAGCGGGAAGGUUAUAUCAAGUCGAUGGCCGACUUAAUCGAAAAGGAGUUGCAGGUUUUCCCAGACCCAGAAGAGGCCAUGAUAUUCUUCAGCGCCCAUGGAGUUCCAGUCAGUUAUGUUGAGGACGCGGGUGAUCCGUAUAAAGAUCAGAUGGAAGAAUGUAUUUUCUUAAUAAUGCAAGAACUGAAAUCUAGAGGAAUUAACAAUGAUCAUACUUUGGCUUUCCAGAGCCGUGUCGGACCUGUGGAGUGGUUGAAGCCAUACACCGAUGAAGUUCUUGUUGAGCUUGGCCAGCAGGGUGUAAAGUCUCUGCUGGCUGUCCCAGUGAGCUUUGUAAGCGAGCACAUAGAAACUCUCGAAGAAAUCGACAUGGAGUAUAAAGAAUUAGCCCUGGAAUCAGGCAUUGUCAACUGGGGUCGUGUCCCGGCUCUAAACUGUACACCGUCAUUCAUCACUGAUCUGGCGGAUGCAGUGAUUGAAGCAUUGCCUUCGGCUAUGGCAAUAUCAACCUCUAACACCACCACUGAAGAAGCUGAAAACGACAUUGUUGGCUAUGCUAUUAAAAUGCUGUUCGGUUCAAUCCUGGCAUUCAUUUUGCUUCUAUCACCAAAGGUAAUAUUAGCGUUCAGGAAUUACAUUCCAUAGAAGGCAAGAAACUGUAGGACUAGGCUGUUUGUGCUUUCCACAAAAGGAGAUAGCUCACAAUGGCAGCGCCCCUCGUUUGUCUGCAGUGAAACAUUUUGAGAGUAUUUUUUCUUUUGUGGGGUUUAAGAGAUACGGUAUAUCCGGCAGUCGGAUAACAUAGUUUGAAUUUUGAUAAAGGUAUAAUGGAGCAGAUAUAGAUGAAGCAAGCAGAUGCAGUGUUCAAAUUAUUGUACUUGGCUCAUAGCACAAUCCCUUUUGGCGCUGGAAUUAGCUUUAGAUGUCACACAAAACUGCAGGUAGAAAUCGGCAGCACCUUCUGGGCAUGCAGUUCCUGACUGUAAUUUUUGACAUUAGUUCUCCCUCAGGAGUAUGAACAUAAUGAAUUAAGGAAGUGCUAUUGUGCUUGCUUGUCUGAUUAUUUCCA